AUGGUGUCCGGUCCUCACAGGUACCCAGUAUCAAGUAUGCCAGUGUCGUCCGAGUACCCUAUACAGAGGAUAAUGAGGCCGGUGUACGGGGCAACCCCAGCAGGGGCCGGAGCAGUGCCCGUCCAAAUGAGCGGCGUGCCAUCUGGGAACUUGUGGGACAUGUCCACCAACGCUGCCGAGAAGAAGAGUCUGCUCUGUACUCAUUGUAACAAGGUUAUCAGCUUCAACAGUCGUUACAAGCACCGGAGGAGGAAGGAUCACAGUGGAGUAGAUGUCAGAUACCUUUCAAGUGUUAUCGAUAUGGAUACCCCUCCGUAUCUUCCUUUCGGAACUCCAGGCCAGUCUCCUAAUCCUUACAGUGCUCCUUACGGUACUCCUUACAGCUCUCCUUACGAAGCUCCUCACAGCGCUCCCCCAUUCAACCAUCUUCCCACUUCUCUAGCUCCUUACUGCGAUGGUCCCUACAGUUUAGAUAGUCUUGUCACUCCAGCUAAUCUACAAGAGAUGUAUCAUAGACAGCUCCAAUCUUACCAAACCAAUCUACCCGCAGGUAUGGUACCGGUACCACAGUCUAUACAGCCAGUUGCUAGCCCCGGUCACAACCCUCCUCUCCCCUCCUCGCCUCAAGUUGUUAACAUUCCUGAUAGCACUCAGGAUAAAGAGAUGACCACCCCUGUUAAAGAGAGUCCUGUCCGAUCACCCGCAGCUAACUCUGCUAACUCCAGUCCUUCAGCUGAUGCGACCAUAAAAGUGAGAUUAGCUGGCAGCGAGGAUUUCUUCGAGGUAGAACUGGUUGACAUCGGAGACUCCUACAAUUCUCUGGUCACAUGUUUUGCGGAGGAACUGGACAUCAAGUCGGAGACCGUCGCUAAGAUACGGAAACUCCCAAAUAUUCUGAUACGCAAAGAUAGAGACGUUAAGAGGAUCAAGCAUGGAAGUGAGUUUGAGGUUGAACUUAACCCUGAAAGUUGAGACUUUGUUGAGAUGCUGAAGAAUACAUCGGAAUUCAGAAAGCUGUUUUAAGGAUUAAGAGGACAGCUGCAGUGGUGGACAGUGAAACUUAUGUUUCAAUCAGUAAGCACGUGACCGUGUGCACGUGACCCUGGGAAAUUAGGAGUUGUUUUAUUUUUUUAAUCUAAUUUAUUGACUGUUUUAGAAUGUUUGGUAUAAUAUUUCAUCCGAAUUUUAUAUAAACUAAAUACCAGUAAGUGCAAUGUAGUCAUUAAAGUUUGUAUAACGGCACAGUCAUGAUUUCAAAGCAAAAGCACCGAGAUAUUUAAUUUGUUAUGAUUAAUUUCAAUAAACAGCCAUUUUUAGUUUUUACCGAGCGACGAAAUAGAAUACUGAAUUCAUAAUCUGGCUGAACUAAAUUAUUCAUCGAAGCUAAUUAAAGGCUUCGAACUCUUUUAAAAUUUCUGGGGAUAUUGAUAAAAUUGAAAAGUUAUUUCAUUUUCAUUAUUGUAGGAUUCACUAAAAAAUUUAUUUUUACAUAUUAUUAUUAUAACUUUAUAAGAGAGUUUUCAUCAAUGAGUUUAUGAUUAAUGUCUUCAAAUGAAAGGUUAAGAGAUGAUUUAUAACCACCCGAACUUUGAACCAUCCUAUAUUCGGUACAACACUUAAAUUCCGGCAUUUUCACACCGUCCAAAUUAAAGCAAGACUCUGUCUAGACUGUCAGUACAGAAUUAGACUGUACUUUUGCUCUGUACUUUUUGUUAGCCUGCGAUAAAAAUUCGCCUUUUUUAUUGA